GGGGGGGGGGGUUGUGACCCACAACGUGUCCGCCGAUCGACACUCGGGCUGCAGGUCGUGUCUGACGCGCGGGAGGAACCGGCGUUUUCUUCGUCGGCAUCGCGAGCCGCAGCGUUUCAACGUCGGAGUGCGUCUCUUGUCCGGCCGCAGCCAUGUUGGGCCGAGGUGUGCGCACCAGAUGCGCCGCAUGUUCCCGGCGGCUGUGUCCCCGGAGGAGAUGCACAGAGGAGCGCGUGGCCUCUGUGCACUCGGGUCGCUCUGUCGUGUGCUCCGCGCUGAGAGGGACGGGGUCUUUGUAAUGGUUAAGUAAAAGUCAGGUGAUUACAAUCCCCAUAAAAGAUCCUCGUGGCCAAAGGAAGAUGCGGGGUGGUAUAUGAACGGAAAGAAAAGAAGUAUUUGUUUUCAAAGCAGGUAGUGUUUACAGUGUCCACAACCCUCACUCCUGAACUAGUCCUCUGUUAACUAACGAAUUGGAAGCAUUGCAUUUUAACCAAGACAUUACAGACACUGUCAAUGUGAUUAUCCAAGCAGAGAAUUACUUCUUGGAUUCAACAAUGGCUAUUUGAGACCGGCAGAGUCUAAGCCCUCCAGUGACGCCCACGCGCGCACACACACACACCCACACCCACACCAACCUUUCUCUUUUGCUUGGUCCACACCUUGGUCAUCGCCUCUUCUCAGUUUCUGAUUCUGCAAGGAAACGGUUGGUCUUAUUGCCCACUCCACUGUCACUGUCCUUUUACCUCCUCUGAGGCUGAAGCCAUCAAUCAGGAUGGUUGCAGAUACAAGCUCGGCCUCUAAGGGCAGCGGUGUGCAGCUGAAGCAGGAGAUUUCCCUCCUCCAUGGGGUCUGUCUCAUCGUGGGAAAUAUGAUUGGCUCCGGCAUCUUUAUCUCACCUAAGGGGGUUCUUCUAUACACAGGCUCCUUUGGCAUGUCCCUGGUGGUGUGGGCCAUUGGAGGGAUAUUUUCUGUUUUUGGAGCGUUAUGCUAUGCUGAGCUGGGAACCACCAUCCACAAAUCUGGAGCUUCUUACGCCUACAUCCUGGAAGCCUUUGGAGGCUUCUUAGCUUUUAUUCGACUGUGGACCUCAUUGUUGAUAGUAGAACCGGCCUGUCAGGCAGUGAUAGCCUUGACCUUCUCCAACUACCUUGUCCAGCCUUUCUACCCAACCUGUCCAGCCCCCUACAACGCUGUCCGUCUCAUUGCUGCUGCCAUCAUAUGUCUGUUGACCUGUGUGAACAGUAUGAAGGUGAAAUGGGGAGCUAUUCUUCAGGUCGUCUCCACCGUGGCCAAGGUCCUGGCUCUUAUCGUCAUUAUCAUCACUGGCUUGAUUAAGCUGGCACAAGGUUUCGACCAGAACUUCGAGGACUCGUUCAAAGGGUCCAAGCUGGACCCUGGCAACGUGGCCUUGGCCCUUUAUUCGGCGCUCUACUCCUACUCGGGCUGGGACACGCUCAACUUCAUCACAGAGGAAAUCAAGAAUCCAAGGAGGAAUCUCCCCUUGUCCAUCGCUAUUUCCAUGCCUAUUGUCACGGUGAUCUACAUCUUGACCAACGUAGCUUAUUACGUCGUCAUGGAUGCAGACCAGGUGCUCAGCAGUGAAGCUGUUGCCGUGACGUUUGCAGAUGAGGCCCUGGGCUGGGCUCGCUGGCUCAUCCCUCUAUCUGUGGCCAUUUCCUGCUACGGAGGCCUCAACUCCUCCAUCAUCGCUGCCUCCAGGUUGUUUUUUGUUGGUUCCAGAGAAGGCCACCUACCCAAUGUCCUGUGCAUGAUCCACAUUAAGCGUUUCACUCCAAUUCCUGCCCUGCUUUUCAAUGGUGCCAUGUCUCUGUUGUAUCUCUCUGUGCCUGACGUUUUCCAGUUGAUCAACUACUUCAGCUUCAACUACUGGCUGUUUAUCGGCCUCUCGAUAGCGAGCCUCAUCUACCUUCGCUUCAAGGCUCCUGAUCUGCACCGACCUGUUAAGCUGUCUCUGUUCUUCCCAAUCGUUUACUGCUUGUGCAGCGUAUUCCUGGUGGUGGUGCCUCUCUACAGCGACACCAUCAAUUCUCUGGUGGGAAUUGCAGUGGCGCUGUCCGGAGCACCAGUCUACUACUUCUGCAUCUACUUGCCACCCAGCUCAAGACCAGCCUUCGUCGGAGAAGCACUUGAUAAGCUCUCUAUCACCACCCAGAAACUGUGCAUGUGUUGUGCGCCGUCGUCCGACAUUGAUCUGGACAACAUCGACCCGGAAAAGAUCGAGUGACGGAGCGACAAAGGACUCUGAAGCACUGUACAGAGCGAUGCGAUGCCAAUGAAUGGAAGACGAAGAAGCUGCAGACAAUCAGGAUGUGGAUGUAAGGCCUGAUUUGAUUGAAGGAGAAACCUGGGCAGAUUAGUUCCACACACACUUCAAUUCCUCCUUUUUCAAACAUGAGCUGUAGGAAUAACGGAGCAGGACUGUAUACUUGGAAUGAAUUCAAGUUUCGUUUGUCAUGACACUCCAACAAAUAGCACUGUACAGAUUCACUCACUCAACUGGACAUUCAUGUGUUGGUAUAUGAUUCAGUGUUGGUUCUGCGAUUCCCUCCUCACAUGCCAACACACACACACACACACACACACACACACACACACACUUCAUGGGUGACAUUGAAACACGUUGAAAUUAAAAACCCAGUCUAAGUCGACUGAGGGGAUUUAGUCAUUAACAGGAGCUGGUUACGGACAAUACACAGGUGGUGAAAAAUUUUAGGUACAUGCCAUACAUGUGUUCUAUCAUGUGUGUCACGUUAACGGAGCUUGUGACCCCUUGCCUAUGCUUACAAAUGCCCGUGGGUCAUUUUUGCCUCUAAUUUUUUUCGGGGCCAGAACUUCACAUAAUUACUCAAACAAAAAAUACUUGAUUGGGAAAAUUUUAGAAAAAGGAAUGUAGGUAAGAGUUCCAUUUGCUCGUCACCCCUCAGUCACGGAAACCACAAAUACUGAAAGGUUCGGUCCUCAAUGAGUUGGUUUUGAUGGGUCAACAGAUCUGUUAUUUACCAGCAUGUGGUGCUCACAAAUGUUAGGAGUUUAUGGUGUAAGACGAUGGUAUGAUGGCCAGAAAGUGAAUUUAAAAGGUAUACUGAAUGGUGACGAUUUUUCACAUUUUCUUUUUUGUUGUACAACUUGUUUAGAGGAACUGAAGGACCUAACCUACCGGUGCCGAGGUUUUGUAAGAAUAACCCAAGAAAGAGAUUCGAUCCCAAAGUGCUGUUACUUCUUGCUGUUUGAUUAAUCAUGUAAAGUGCCUGUUGACUCGUGGUUUAGUCAUGUAGGUGUAGUUUAACAUUAUCAUAAACCUGGGGCCACAUUCAUCCCACCUGUUGUUCUUAAGUAAUCAAGUGAAACAUUUUCUUCUUUCAGCAAAAUCCUUUUGUUUGCAUCGUCAGGGCUAAAUUUGAUUUCUGGCGCUUCCUAGUCUUAAUUGAUAUUAACUUCCAUCGACAAGCAGCAAUUGAAAGCUAAUCUACAAUUUGUGUUUUUGUUCAUGUCACCUCAUUGUCUUAUUUUCAUUUGAUACAAACACACACUGGUAGAAGGAAUUUAUCUCAAGUGUUACUGAUAACACUUAUGUUUUAAGCUCAUAUGUACUGCUGUGACUCUUUCUAGAUUUAGCAGAUGUACCUGAUAAAGACUCCUCUGGGCUGUGAUUAGUUGUUUUUUUGGUAGAUACAAACCUCAGGAUCGACUCUUCUAUUAUGUACACACCUUUGCUGAUUUUAUUAUCUUCUUCUUACUCACGCUCGUCUUAAGAGUUUUAUCACAGGUAGGAUAUGUAAUGUCUAAAUCACCAAUGUGCACCAUUAGUUCCAUUUGUUCAGUGGACAACCAAAGGUGUCAACCAGGCAGAUCGUCGGACCAUCGCACUGAGUCUGUAGCAAAGUGUGUAGAGACGAGCUGAACGUUGGUGUUGUCCUUUAAUCCUUGUUGACUGUAUGUGCCUUCUGUGAAUGUGGUCCGGCCCAAGACCUGGUCUAUUUUUUUGAUAUCGUCAUGUAACUCUGUGGAGCACAGUCUCGUUGACUCUUAUGCUGCUGUAGGGUUUGUAUCAAAGGUUCUUCAGGUUUUCAUUUGUUUCUUUCAGUCAAUGUGGCUUCACCAGCCAGAUGUUGUCGUUGAGCUCAGUUUACUGUCUGCUGGAAAUGAUCAGGGCUCGGCUUGAACUAUAUUUCGUGUCUCGUCACAAGCACUUCUUAAACACCAGCCAACAGAAGAACACGUUUGUUUAAUGUUGUUUUCUCUGGGGUUAACAAUUAAACCAAACUAGCCAGUUGUGUGUGUUAUGUGCCAUAUCACUGCAGUAAAGAAUAUUGUCAAUCUGUUUCCAUACAUUGUCAUGUUGUGAACUGUUAUAUACUCAGAAAACACAGGAUGUGAAUGAUGCAGUAUAACCUAUUUUGUUGUUUCUUUAGGUACCAACUUUGUGUUUUCUGGUUAAGAUGUGUUUUGUGUAUUUGUAGAUUUGUAUCACAAGCGCUUGCUUUGUUCACUGUUUUUAUUUAUUAUAUUCUGAGAGCCCGAAUGGUGAUUAGCUUCGUGGUUCUGGAAGUCUUGUUUGCCCACACCGAGUCAGGGGUAUGUUUUGUUUUUAUGAAAAUAAAGGCAAGUACAGAAUUUGCAUUGUAAA